UAGUCUCUUGACCUCGGACGGUUUCGAGUUCUCGGCUGUCCAGAUUAUAAAUAUCUUUAAUUUUUAAAAUGACUGAAACUUUAUCUAGCGACUUAGUACGCAAAAUUACUGAAAAUGUGACUGUGCCGCUUGUGUUCCGAAAUUUUAUAUCAGACUGGCCAUUAUGCCGGUGGGACAUGGAAAAAUGGUGUUCAGCUUUAGGGAAUAAAGAAGUACCGUUUAGGUGUUUAAGGAAACAUCUGGUGUCCGACGAGCCCUGCUGGGAGAGGAAAUGUGAAGUGAAAUCUAUGACUUUUAAGGAAUUCAUCACCCAGUCUCCUACUAGUGAACAAUGGAUGUAUUUCGAUUAUAAACAUUUACCCCAGUGGUUCGACGAACACGCUGAGUUUCUUAAGGAAGUAUCCUGGCAUAAGUUUGGCUACCCAGACAAGGGAGCAGCAGAUUCAACCCUGUGGAUUGGAAGCAGUGGGGCGCACACCCCGGCACACCAGGACACUUACGGAUACAAUAUUGUAGCCCAACUGUAUGGAAAAAAGCGCUGGAUUCUCUUCCCCCCAGAGUCGGGAGGUAUGAAGCCCACAAGAGUGCCCUACGAGGAGUCUAGUAUCUACAGUGAACUAAAUUUUUACUGCCCUAACAAUAUGGAAGCCUUUAAUGGGUUGAGUAGAGGCCGAACGGUGGAGCUGUGCGCGGGCGACGCGCUGGUCGUGCCGCGCGGUUGGUGGCACUACGUCCAGAACGUCGACAGUGUGAACAUCACGCUCAACAUGUGGCUGCCGCAUGAGAAAGACAAUUCAACCCGAGUGUCGGAAGCCCUCACCAAGAUAAUGGUCGCCCAAGUGUGUAAAGACCUCCCCCAAGACACGGCGAAACUGCUUGUCAACCCUAACGAGGAUGACCUAUCAGACACCCCUUUAGCAGUGCUAUUUCUCCAACUAGAAUCUGUGACCAAAUCGUAUCUGGACAGCCGUCGCAAGCUACGACGUAUCAAGCGACAGCGCACUUGCGACGACGAAGCCAACCCGCCAGACAUCGAAACCUUAGACUUACAAGCUGUACUUAAAGAUCACAAGAACUUGGAGGUACCCCCUACUGUAUCCGCUGAGGAACUUAUAAACUUAUUAAAAAGAAAUGUAAGAGAUUUUGCGAAUACAGGAGUUUCUUUUGAUGAGGAUGAGAUAGAUGGGACGAGGAGUCUUUGUUUGACGAAGGCGAUCAUAGAUGCGUUCAGCGAUAAUAAUGUUAUUGAGUUAGUGAAGCAGAAUCUCUUUUCUCGACUGAAGUGAUGACAAAGAUUUCUUUCGGCUGUUUACUGAUUGGAGAAUACCUGUAAGUUGAUUUUACUUUUAGUCACUUCGGGUACGUACUAUGGAAUUGUGACCGUGUGUUUCAUAUAAAUGCAAUUUUAGAUGUUUAUUUCUUAGUGACAACACUAUAUGUAGAAAAAAAAUGAAAAAACCCUGGAGGGAAAGUACCUUAAACCUUAAGUUAGCUACAUUCUUUUAUUUUCAAAAAGAAACAAAACUUCAUUCAAAGAUAUUUUUUUUAUAUUCGCUUGUCUCGCCCGGGAAUCAAAUAAACACCAUCUAUUUUUUAAUGUUAAUGGUAAUAAUAACAUUUCUCCAAGACACAUUAGGUCUUACACUCGUCUGUCGUACAAAAUAUCUUUAUAAAAGCAAAAAAAAAAUGAAAAAUCUAUGAAUGCAGUUAUUUUUAAAUAAAAGAAUGUUUCCUUACAAUAAAAAAAAUGAGCUAACAAAGGUUUUAAGGCACUCCACCCAGGGCGCAUUUUUUCCACUUCAUUAGUAAUUCACAAAAAAAUUGAAGAAUAAAAAUUUGUUUGUACGGGACCACCAUGGUAUGUCCUAUAGGGUAAUACAAUUAAUAUAUUUUUUGAUUGAAUCAAAACAGUAAGAGCUAGCGGGAAUGAGCUCUGUCGGAUGUCGGGACGACUUUUAAUCGGGUGUCGGUGCCUCUGUUCACACUAGUCAGCUGUCGGGACGAUUUUUAAUCGGGUGUCGGUGCCUCUGUUCACACUAGUAGUAGGCCAUGACCGUAAAGCUAUUUAUGCAUGUAAAGUAGAGUUAUUAUAUGUAUACCUACUGGAAUACGUAUUUACCUGAAGGGGCCCACUGACUAUCAGCCUGUCAGUU